UCUGUAACGGGCGGGGCGUUGGUCCUUUUCGGCUCCCGUAGUUCCUAGAAGUUUGUCUCCAUUCCAACAAACUGAGAUCUCAGGCUGUUGCUCCUUACCCCGAGAAACACCAGCAUAAAAAAACUCAGCUUCAUCAUGGUGCAGAAAGUCGCAGUGAUCGGGGCCGGCCCCUCUGGUCUCACCAGCAUAAAGGCUUGUCUGGAUGAGGGCAUGGAGCCAACCUGCUUUGAAAGCAGCGAUGACAUGGGGGGGCUCUGGAAGUUCAAGGAAGUCUCUGAGCCAAACAGGGCUAGCAUCUAUCGCUCUUUAACCAUCAAUAUCUGGAAGGAGAUGAUGUGCUACAGCGACUUCCCCAUCCCUGCUGAUUAUCCCAACUACAUGCACCACUCUAAAAUCCUGAAGUACUUCAGGAUGUAUGCAGAUCACUUUAAACUACUGCAGCACAUCCGCUUCCAGACGUCAGUGGAAAAAAGUCACAAAGAGACCAGACUUUCCUCGCACCGGUCAGUGGGAGGUGGUGACGGGGAACAAAGACGGAUUAGAGGAGAGGCAUGUGUUUGAUGCAGUUAUCUGCUGCUCCGGUCAUUACACCUACCCUAACCUGCCUCUCAAAGACUUCCCAG